AUGUUAAUGUACGAUCAUUGGGACAAUCCACAAAUGAUUUUUGAUGGCAGCUAUCAACUUGUUAUGUCGACCUCUUUCAUUGGAAGGCAAUUGAAUGGGCUCUGGAACUACGACAAGUUGCUACGGUUGUACAAAGCUAUUGAUCAGCAUUGGGAUAUAUUUACGAACGAUAUGGAGGUUCAAAUUAUGAAAAAUUAUUCUAUGCUAUCACGAAAAUUUACGAAAUAUUACUCGAUGCUAAUGUGUAGUAUAAUGUCGAUACUGACACUAACACCAUUAACACCAGUAUUGCUGGACACCGUGAUGCCUCUUAACGAAUCACGUCCGCGAUUCUUUGCGAUCGAAAUCGCAGCCAGAAUGAAUAAAGAUGAUUACUUUUUACCAAAUUUUUGUUAUACUACCAUUGUAAUUGUGAUUGGUGCAAGCAUCGUGAUGAGCGUUGAUGCAAUGCAUGUCGCUUGCACCGCUCAUGCAUGUAGUUUAUUUGCCGUUAUAAGAUAUGCUGCAGAAUGGUACAAGUUCUCACCUAGAUUAAAAUCUUUAUUGAUAAUAACUCUUUACAGAAGUAAUGUGCCGUGUGGAUUGAAAGCAGGCAGUAUGGUCCCAUUAUCUAUCGCAACUUUUGCGGCG